AUGACCCACCAAUACAACGACAAACACGGCUGCGAACUGCUGGGCAAGUACAUUCUGCGAGGCCAGGUCAGAGCCAUGCCCUACCUUCCCACAGACGGCCCCGUGCAUCCUCAGGCCGAACAACAACUGAUGAUGGUCACCUCUUCAUGGGUGAACGUGCCCGAGAUCCGAGACCAGCGAUCUUUUGUUCUGUGGCUGCGAUGGAUGAACCGUGCCGAAAUCGAGCUCGACAAGUGGGCUGCUGCCUGCUCCCCCCUUCCUCCUGUGGACCUCGUGUGGAAGGAGCUCACCCGAAAGGGCGUUCGAGGCGGCGACGGAGUCAACUGGUACCAGCGAUUCCGAAACGCCGCCUUCCACGAUCUCGGAGACAUGGCAGGCCACCAGCUUGCUCUGGAGACCCUCGUCAACCUCCAUCCUGCCGCCUUUUCCGAGCCUCUCGAGUACAUGAAGAUUUACUGUGUUCUGUGUGAGCUCACUGGCAACCCCUUCAACAUUGAGCACGCGCUCAAGAGAAUCUGCAACUGGGCUGAGAAUUACGACCCUCAAAUCUCCUUCGACACGGUCAUUCAGACAGCCCGACCCGACCUGGCCGGCUGGAGUUACAUCAACUCGCGAUCUUGGUCGGAGGCUCGAGCCCGAACCCUGGCUAUCCAGCGAGAACUCAAGGAGAGCCUGCCCAAGGCAACUGCCGUCAUGAGCAGUUCGCAGAGCACGCGAUCGGUGGCUUCCCAGAAAAGUAACAAAAGCGCGGGAAGCAGUAAGUCCAGCAAGAGCAUAUUCGAUCGAGUGAGACUGGGUACCUUUAGCGGGGCUUCGUCGGUGUACGAGACCACCCAGACCUCGAGGUAA